ACAUUGCUGACAGCCCCUCAGAGUCAAAUAAGAUUAACAUUUUAUUGAGAGGGAUAGUGAAUAAAUAUCCAUAAAUACAUACAUUAAUUCGCCAAUAUACUGUAUUUAAUCAGGACUUACAGAAAUGGGAAAACCUGUCUAAAUUCAUUUGACCCCAAGGUAUAACUGUCUCAGCCUUGUAGCAGUAUUGGUAAACCUGAGAUGUGCCAUAUGCUGUUCUCCAACGCUCUGUCUACAUAGCAACUCUACACAGGAAAUAGCAGAGAAAGGUUGCUGUGUAUUAACCUGAUCGCAAUUCCAACUCCCCCAACCCUACUGAGUGUUGCUUGUGAACAAACAGAGGUCCUAUUCAUAGGGACUAGGCCGCAGACCUCGCUGCAAGAUGCUCUACGGUAAUUUUAUAUUCAAAACACUUAGAAACGUCCAAUCUCUCCGAAGCUUGAUAAAAAACCAUGGGCUUGUUCAACCAAUGCUUUCAAGGCAUAGAGGAACCAUCCCGAGGAGCUGUUUGCAUCGAAGGGGAUCACAAGUGAUGGAAGUGUUUGUUUGGACAGAAAAUAAAUUCUGUAGAGGGGAAGGAGAAAGGAGUUCACCUUGUGUUUAAGUUAAACCCUCCAGGAAAUAUCGUUUCGGAAUAGGCUGGGGUUGAUCUUCUUGCAGUCACUUUGCAGUUCAGAGGAGCAGAUACCAACAUCCAACUUUAAGAAUUAAGCAUAAACAACAUGAAGCUACUUCUUACCCUGUUGUUUUUCGGUAUUUUGGGAUCCUCUGGCUGGGCCCAAAAGCUUCGAGAGAAAUUAAGCAUGGGCCUUCACCAAGAGGCCCCAAAGACAAGCAACACCAAUCUCGUGGAAGACACAUCUUCAUCCUCAACUGAGAAGGUUCCUGAGCACAGCACCGCCAGACAAAGGAAAGGAGAGGCAGCCACGUUGGGUGGUCCCUUAAUUGCAGGAAAAGGACAAUGCUUGGUGAAUGGGAUGAUCAUGUACAAUGGAGCCGCGUGGUCCCCACAGCGAUGUACCAUAUGUGUAUGUGACCAAGGAAAGAAGGUGUGUGAACCUCUGGACUGUGAAGAGGAUAUUGCUUGUCCUGCUGGUAAAUUACAAAUACCUCCGGGUGAAUGUUGCCCCAUCUGUGUGAAGACAGAAAAGACACAAGUUCCACUUGAGUCAGCAGCAACGCUUAACCAAGCAAAAGUAACAGCACAAAAACACAAGGAAGUAAAAAAAGACACAAAACAGAUGAAGGUCAAAGGAGAUACUACAAGGAUAACAUCCAGACCGGCCCUGGAGCUGAAUACAACUAGGAAUAAUAACACUACGGCCAUAAAGCCACCAAAACCAAAGAGAACAACAGCAAUAAAUAGACAGGUUGAUGGUGCCCAGUGGAAAUCUCCAGCUAAAAAGGAAAUAAAUAAUAAAAAACAGGAAACCAAUGUCCAGAAGAAAGAAGUGAAGCUUCAUAAGACAAAGAAAGAGGAAAACGGGGAGAAAAAUUCACAUGUUGAAGGCUUGAAGACCCCUCAGAAGAAACGGCCAACUGAGGAGAAGACAAGAAACAAAGCAAUAAAAAAGGCGGCAUCACCAAUCCCCAGCACAAAGAAACCAAAGACUCCACAUAAGGAAACCAAUAACAAACAGGAGGAUAUUAAGCUAUUGCCACCGACACCAACCAUGCCCGGUGUGCCAUCAUUCAUUCGUCCAACGCUGCCUCACAUCCCCUCAUUACCUAGCGGCUGUCUCCUGUCUGAAUCCGCCAUCGCCUGUGUCAACACAAAGAUGACCUACCUGCCUCUCAUGACUGACCCAGGAUUGAAGAUUCUUUACUUGGCAGAAAAUGAGAUUUCGAAACUUCCUGCCAGGGCUUUUGCAGGGCUCCCUAAUUUAGAAUGGUUGGAUUUAAGCAAGAAUAGGCUGGAUGACUCUGGCCUGUCAGAUGAUGUCUUCAAGAAUUUAACCAAACUGAAGAGGCUCAAUUUGGAUGGGAACCAUUUGACUUUCCUUCCACAACUGCCAACAUCUCUCCAGGAACUAAAAGUCAACGACAAUAACAUUUUGGAACUAAACCGACACAGUUUCCAUGGUUUAGGUCAUUUACUUACUCUUGAAAUGGAGGGAAAUGGGUUUCAUGAUGGAAAUGUCUCCCCUCUGACUUUUAAACCUUUAAAGAAGCUGAUUUAUUUACGACUUAACCGCAAUCACUUCCGUGCUGUACCAUCAGGACUCCCGCCCACCAUACAGGAACUGCAUUUAGAAAACAACCGCAUUGAAGUCGUAUCGGAAGGGAUACUCAACAAAACCCUCAACCUGAGUAUUAUCGUCCUGAGUAACAACAGACUUCAGGAAGACCGCAUUGCCCCUCGGGCCUGGAUUCACCUUAUGAAUGUGGAAUCUCUCGAUUUGUCUCAUAACCGCUUGGUUCAUGUUCCCUCCUUUUUGCCCCGUGGAGUAAAGCAGCUGAUCCUACACCACAACCAGAUUGAGCUUAUUCCCGGCUACGUAUUUGCUCACAUGAAACCUGGGCUGGAAUUUCUUCAUCUGUCACACAAUAACUUAAGAGAUGAUGGUGUUCAUGCCGUGUCGUUUUUUGGCCUCUACAAAUCCCUCAAUGAACUUUUGUUGGACAACAACUACUUUCAAAGCAUUCCACGUGGUAUCCUGAAUUUGAAAUCCUUACAGGUUCUCCGUCUUAGCCAUAAUAAAAUAAGAUAUGUGCCUCUUAAUUCAAUCUGUGAUACUAGAAUAUCCGAAGACUCCAACCUGGUCUCUGUGCAUCUGGAAAACAACCAUAUCAACCGGCACCUCAUUCCACCAACUGCAUUGUCCUGCAUUAAAACCUAUCACAGCGUCAUCCUGCGACCUCAACAUGAUGAAUAUGAGGAGUACUAAAGGCAUGAAUGUCAACCAAAGAAGCUUCCAUCCCGGCAUAACCGUAUAUAUAUGUAUAAAGAAGGGUUCAGAGAGGACUAAGAGUAUACUGAGCAUGAGUGCGGGAAACCAUACUGUUACCAAAUUGUUACAUUACCAUUGAUGCCAAAAUGUGUAGAUGUAUUAAAAGGGGUGAGUGCUGGUGCUCAUGCCCAACAACUUUAACUAAAAAAAAAAAUAUGAAUAAAGAUUUAUUGUCAAAUGGUUUUUGGUCAAUGAAUCACACAAGAGAAAAAAAACUAAAAAAUGGAUUUGCGCCCCUAGGCAAGUAUGUUUAUGAGGAUAUCAGGAUAUAUAUUGUAGUCAGUUAAAUUACACUUACUGAGCAGGGUUGCGCUAAGAGCACAACACCUGGAAGUGUAUAUAGAAGGUAAAGACCUGCAGCCACGGUCCUCCGGUA